GGAAAAAGACCCUCUGUCACCCUUUUCUCCAAACCCAUAAAAUUCCACAUAAUCAAUCAUCCUUGCCUUGAUAUAAUCUUGGCAGCAAUACAACAAACCUCAAGAAUUUAAUCAUUAUAACAAAAGUUGGUUGCAGAUUGUUAAGAUUACCAUUAGAAUCUGAGGUUUCUAUGAAUCAGAAACAAUUGGAAGAGAAGCUUACAGAGGAAACUUCUAUUAAUAAACCUGGGGAGGACUUUGUCACUUGUAUUUAUGUAGCCAAAGUUUCACAGUAUUUUCAUGCCAUAACUACAACAUGGUCCAAGAAUCUGACUAGCCACACCCUUUACAUCAUAGUGGAACACCUUUCUGAAGAAACAGAUUUCACAUGCAAAAUUGACCUAAAAUCCUGGCAAUUUUGGGGUAAGAAAGGUCUGAAAUCAUUCAAGGUGGGUGAAAACCGCACAGACAUUUAUUGGGAUUUGAGGUCAGCCAAAUUCUCCAGCAGGCCAGAGCCUGUAUCAGAUUAUUAUGUGGCAUUGGUCUCAGAAGGGGAGAUGGUAUUAUUGUUAGGUGAUCAAAAUAAAGAAGCAUUCAAGAGAACAAAAUCAAGACCUUCCAUGUUAGAUGCUGCUUUAGUGCACAAGAAGGAAACUGUUUAUGCAAAGAAAUGUUUUUGCACCAGAACAAUGUUAGGCCAGGGGAAAAAGCAACAUGAUAUCACUAUAGAAUCUGUCCUUUCAGGGCCAUAUGAUCCUGCUAUGUGGAUCAGUGUGAAUGGGACUGUGGCGAUCAGAGUAGCGAAUUUGAAUUGGAGAUUUCGGGGAAAUGAGACAGUUUUUUUGGAUAAUGUACCUGUGGAGAUCUUCUGGGAUGUCCAUGAUUGGUUGUAUAGUGGCCCUAACUUUGGCCCCGGCACUUUCAUUUUCAAGCAAGGUAAUGAAGGUAGUGGUAAGUUGGAAGAGAGAUAUUCAGAUUCUGAAGGCUAUAUCAAUGAUGAAAGUUCUGAUUUGCAAUCUCCAUGCACAGAAUUUUGUCAUUUUCUUUAUGCAUGGAAGACUGGAUAAUAACCGGUUCCUCCGGUCCUUUGGGAUAUCUAUAAAAUUGGAAUGAUACAGAGAAGACUGAAUGAGUAGCUUGUGCAUAUUUUGGAGCUCUGAGACCACAUCUAGAUGUGUUACCAUAUUGUCAUUGACGAAGCUGGAUUUCACGUUUUAAACAGAUAUAAGAUUUUUUUUGUUCUUUUUGCAAAUCGAUCCACUUAAAAAGGUUUAACUUAUUUUCUUUCACUAUGACCUAAAUAUAUUAGGUUUGUCAUGCAUAUUGUUGGAGAUAUCUUUUUGAAAAAAUGGA